GAGAGUGGGAGAGAGAGAGAUUGGAAGGUUGGUCAUUUUUGGCUAUAUAAACGAAUGAACUCUUUUGCUGCAGGCAAGAUUAGGAGAGUUCUCUCUUUCUCUCUUGCUCUGCUCUCUCGGAUUUCUGGCUGGCUCACAUGUUACAGAUGUGUUGGGAUUCCGAGCCCCUUGGGUUUGCAACGAAUAACCAGUUCCAGGAAGUGGAUAAGUCUGCGCGAAAUCCAUUCGAAGAAUGCGGAGGCUUCUUCCUAUAGGUCCUCCACCUCCGCUUCUUGAGGAGGCAAUCCAGUUAUAGAUAAGAAAGGAAGAAGUUGCGAUUCAUCCUCUCUUCACCCCUGUUCUCCUUCUUCUUCUCGUACUUGAAUAAUCUGUACUCUCCCCUUGUGUUUUCAUUCCAUGAUCCGAGAGCAAAGUGGUUGAUUUGAUUUCUGCCACUGCGUUUUUUUUCUCUGUAUUUUCUCUUCUUCCCUGCUUUGCCUUUUGCUGUGCAUGCGCAAUGGAUUGCCUGAGAGAGCAGCAAGGCAAGCGGCUGCACGACGGGUUUUUCGAGAAGAGGAGCAAGAGCAGAAGCAGGUUCGUGUGGGUUCCGGGGCCUUUGAUCGUCGGAGCAGGGCCGUCAGGACUGGCGACGGCCGCUUGCUUGAAGGAGAGAGGCGUGCCGAGCCUCAUCCUCGAAAGGGCUCAUUGCAUAGCGUCUCUCUGGCAAUUGAAGACGUAUGAUCGCCUCCGGCUGCACCUCCCCAAGAACUUCUGCGAGCUCCCGCUCUUUCCUUUCCCGCCGGAGUUCCCCACUUACCCCACCAAGGAGCAGUUCAUCCGUUACCUGGAGUCCUACGCGAAGCACUUCGGCCUCCGGCCGGUGUUCAACGAAACGGUGGUCAGCGCCGAGUACGACCGCAGCUUCGGGUUCUGGAGGGUCAAGGGAGUUAGCUGCGAAGAGGGUGGCUGCUGCAAGCCGCAGGAGACGGAGUACGUUUGCCGGUGGCUGGUAGUCGCCACCGGGGAGAAUGCGGAGGCCGUGAUUCCUGACAUCCCCGGCGCCGCUGAUUUUUCUGGCCCCCUCGUCCACACGAGCUGUUAUAAGAGCGGUGCUGCUUUUCGCCGGAAAAGAGUGUUGGUCGUUGGCUGUGGAAAUUCCGGCAUGGAGGUCUGUCUCGACCUCUGCAACCACAAUGCGUAUCCUUCAUUAGUUGUUCGUAAGGCGGUGCAUGUAUUGCCAAGAGAAAUGCUUGGAACGUCUACGUUCGGGCUAUCGAUGUUCUUGCUCAAGUGGUUUUCGGUGAAGGUGGUGGACAAGUUCCUUCUGCUGAUGACUUGGUUGAUCAUGGGCAGCACAGAUACACUGGGUCUUGGUCGACCCCAAAUGGGCCCUCUCGAGCUCAAGAACAAAAGUGGCAAGACCCCCGUCCUCGACGUCGGCGCUUUCGCCAAGAUCAAAUCAGGCGACAUCAAGGUGCGGCCGGAGAUAAAGCGGCUGACGGCGAACGGAGCGGAGUUCGUUGACGGCAAAACAGAAGAGCUGGACGCCAUAAUCCUCGCCACGGGUUACCGGAGCAACGUCCCCUCUUGGCUAAAGGAGGGGGAUAUGUUCUCAGAGAAGGAUGGGCUGCCAAGGAGGCCGUUUCCGGAGGGGUGGAAGGGAGAGAAUGGGCUCUACGCCGUGGGGUUCACAAAGAGAGGGAUACUCGGCGCUUGUAUGGAUGCCAGGAGGAUCGCACAAGAGAUCGAUUACAGUUGGAAAGCCGAGUCUAAACCAAUCUUUCUGGCGACCGCCACUCCAACAUCACUACCAUAUUAAAAAAACUAAAAAUUUUCUCAGAGAGAGAGAGAGAAGAGAGAGAGAUUGUGUGUCUAAUCGGCUGGACUGAUUACUUGCUUCCAACUAGUUUUAACUGAGUUGAAGGUAACCCAUUACCACAGAGACAGAGAGAGAGAAAGAGAGAGAGAGGGAGAGACAGAUUAACCAUCUGAGCCAUGUUGGUGCUUGUGUGUGGAUGAAGAUGAUGAGAGAUGUACCGAUCGAACAAGAAGCUCUUCGGAUGCAGGUUGUGUGUGUGUUUGGUUAUAUAUAUUAUGUAACUUGAUUCUCUAACCUUGUCACAUGUGAUGAUGAUCAAUAGGAAAAGUUUAUCGGGAGAUUAUAUACAACAUUCCCCAAAAAAAUUUU